UCUGUCUCAUACGUCGUUGAUGUUGUCACUGCUGCUGCAGAAUAUAAUGCUUUUAUUAAGAACAAUGGCAACGUUAGUGAAUUUACACCAAUAAUUUUCGGUGCGGCACAGCUCUAUGCUACAGAGAUUUCAAUUGGUUGAAACCUCGUGCAAGAAGAAGACCCUUUUAGCGUCUCGGGAACAGACCGGACAAUUUUCACAUUUGAGGGACUGAAGUGGAGAUUUGGUGACUUUGGAGUGGACAAAUAGGAGUAGGACCCCCACCAGACCAACGUUUAAUCGACCGCAAAACAACAAAGCAGAUAGCCAAGGGCGUUUGGACCAGCAGAAAGUACGCGAACUUUUCUGUUCACAUUUGGAAUGUCGGCUGCUUCAUGUGUGUUUUGCGUUUAAUGUUCUUCAAGUUACGCGGGUAAACUGUGGAGGAAAACUUAAACUUGAUUGAUUUUAAUUUAUUUUGAAAAGUCAAAGUCACCAUGUUGGGGGAUGAGGGUAUCUAUGCGGCGAAGAAGAGGAAGAAACCCGUCCAGAAAAGUCUGACGCCUGCUCCAGGGGACGGUGUGGUGAUGACCAACACGUCUAAAUGUCACCGGGACCGUCUGAACGGGGAGCUGGACCGGCUGACUGGCCUUCUGCCCUUCUCCCAAGAGGUCAGGGGUCGGCUGGACAAACUGGCCGUCCUCCGGCUCAGCGUGGGAUACCUCAAGGUCAAGAGCUUCUUCCAUGCGACCCUCCAGAAGAAGAGUGAGUGGCCGGCCGCCCUCGUCAAUGGGAACGGGAGGACCGGAUGGACAUCCACUUCUAUAGACGGAGUCAGCCUCUCAGAGGGAAUCCUACUGCUGCAGGCCCUGAAUGGUUUUGUCCUGGUGGUGACCACUGAUGGCUCCAUCUUCUACGCCUCUCCAACCAUCCAGGACUACCUGCGCUUCCACCAGAUCAAAUGUAGGAUUUUUUUUCACAUGAUCCUCCUGGAGUCAGUAGAGCCAUGAAUACAUACAGUGCCUUCAGAAAGUAUUCACACCCCUUGACUUUUUCAUUUUUUUUGUGU